AUGAUAAUUUUAUUAAAAGAUAAUUUCAUUUUUUUUCUCAAAUUGAAUCAAAUUAACCGCUGUUUGAAUUCAAUAAAAUCUAUAAGAUCACUAGUGUUAGUUCAUCAUGAGAUACGAAGCAUACCUCCAGCUGACACUCUGGAUACAAAUAUCUUACAUGCAAUAUUACUUACUCCGCAUAAUCUACGACGUUAUCCAUAUAGUGAAAUGUGUUGUCAAUCGUCUACUAGUGAUUUCAGUUCAAUUGUAUUUGCUAAAGCUGAUGCACCGAUGGGAACAGCUUCGGAUGAACUUUUUGGUCAACGUAAACCACAAUGUCACAAUAUGUCCUCAAUGCAACUGAAACUUCCAUUGAAUCAUAUUCUUACAACACUACCAGUCAGUGGAAGAAAUCUUCUCGGUAGUGUACUCAUCUCUAUGCUAUCGUGUAAUCAAGGUGUGAUUGACAAUCCUGGUCCGCCUAUUGGUGUAGAGUCUACACAUCCAGUGAUGACGACGACAACAUCAACCUCAUCAAAUAUCCAUGAUCCUAGACUACAACAAUAUCCAAAUGCUCUUUUAGAUCCUCGACUACGUCGUCGUCACCAAAUGUACACAGAGGAACCAGAUUUGUAUGCAUUGGCUACUGCAUUAUUGUCAUCAAAAUCUCAGGAAAAGAAGCAGACAACAGUGACGACGACGACAAAUACACCAACAACAACGACAACUUCACAGACACAGGAUUCAACACCAUAUUGUGAACAACUGAAAUGUACAGAUAAGCAAAUUCAUUGUGUUGAAAAGUACCCUCCAAAUGAAAAUACGAUUGAAGAGGAGAUUCCCAAGGCGAAAGAGUUAAUUACUGCUACUGUUCCGUCUAGUCCAGUAGUAGUGGAAGAAUCUAAGGGUGGUAUUCGUGAUAACGCAUCAACUCGAUUAGUAGUAAUAGUAGAUUCACAAAAUACCCCCAAAGAAAUUCCACUAGAUAUUCAGUUGUAUGACAAUAAUACUACGGUGGCGAUGACGACGACUAGUGUUACUUCAAAACCACUUACUGCGUCUAGUCCAAGCCUUGUACAAGAUACUUCUCCAAUUGUUCAAAAUACAUCUGUUGAUAUGGAGCUUGAUAGUUUUAUUAAUAAUGAUGACGAUAAUAAUAAUAAUGAUCAAGGUGAACAGUCUAUCCAUGUAUUGGAAAAAAGUGAUAUGGAAAUUGAUAAUCCACUUGCUAAUGAUCAACAUCGUGCUGAUAGUAGUGGCAGCGGCGGCUGCCGUGGUUUUGGUGGUGGUGGUCUUGGCGAUAAUGACAUGAUAAUAUCACGACCUCGUCAACCUGCACUAAUACCACAGCCAAUACCUAGUAUUUGGAAUUAUCCAUCAAAGGUAUUUGCUCUAGCAUCAACAUUAUCACCAUUAUUAUCACCUAAGAAACCAAGACGACGAUCUAGUCUGUUGUCUAGUGAUAAUCUGCGUAAGACAACAACGUCGUCGUCAAUACAUCAUCGAUCUACAACUAGUAAGAAUAUUCCUAAAGCGUAUUCAUCAGUUUUGUCAUCUCCAUCAGAGAGUAGACUUAUAUCUAAACAUUCUCGUCGUAGUGAUUAUCAUCGUCGUCAUGAUUAUCGACGAUCUCGUAGUCCUAGUUAUCAAAAAACUAAAUUAAAACCUUCAUCUUAUCGUUAUGAUGAUAGUGAUUAUGAUUAUGAUAGAUACUGGAGAUCUCCUUCAGAUUCAAGAUAUGAUUCUGAUGAAAGAUAUAAAUCUAGCAGUGAUAGAUAUCGAUCAUCGCAUGGUAGUCGUCAGACUGUGUCAAAAAGAUCUAGAAAUAAAGAUAAGCGAGGCACACAUCGUCGACCAUAUAAUGAUAAUGAUGAGACUGAUGGCGACUAUAGACGGCGACCUUCUUCAUACAAACAUUCACGUGAUCGUCGUCGUCAUGAUCGUCGGAGUAGUAGUCCAUCAUGUUCAGAUUCAGACAGUUAUCAACAACAUCGUUAUCGAGAUCGUUCACAUUCCCGUGAAUCAUCUUCUAAUUCGCCUAAUAAUAAUAAUAAUAAAAAUAAUAGUAAUAAUGCACCUGUUCGAGGUCGGAAAUCCUAUCACCAUCAUUCUAACUCAAAUGUAAAACGUCAACAACAAAAACAACAGCGGCAACAACGUGAUAAUGAGUCUCUGAAUAUCAACUCACAAUCAGACUCAACUCAACUGUCAACUCCUUCUUCGGGUGCUACUACGCUUAGAAAUGAAUUAACUGGGGAAAAGACUAAUAAUUCUGAUGCAAUAAAAUUGGAGUACUCUACACAACAAAACAGUGCUAUUUCUCAUAGCCAAAGUUAUAAUAGAGACGAUAAAUUACAUGGCGAUGAUGAUAAUAAUAAUAAUGACAAUAAGACUAGUAAUUCUAUCGAUAAUAAUAAUGAUGAUGAUAUUCCCCUGAUAAUUAACAGCACAGAUAUCUCAAAAGAUGAGAGUUCAACUGGUUUUUCUCCUGCUGUUGGUGUUAAUCUUGACUGUGUUCAUCAAUCUAGCCAGAUUGCUCCAUCUACAGAUGAAAUGGAUGUUAAGAAUAAUGAUGAUGAUGAUAACAAAGCUGUUGUUGUUGUUGUUAGCACCACGACUACUGUAGACCCUCUACCUCCAUUACCACCACCAACAUCCUCAUCAUCGCCACCACCACCAUCACGAUCCCCAUCGCCGCCAAUCAUUUCUGUUGCACAGUCAAAUAAUCCAGGAGUAGUUGAUGAAAGUGAAGAAGGUGAAGUAUUCGAUGAUGAUGGAGAGGAGUGUGAUGAUACUAAUGAAGAAAUUGUUCAAAAUAUGCAUAAUAUCACAUAUAGUACUUUGAGUAGUGAUUCAAGUAUUCAUUAUAAUGAUACUGUAGACAUGAUGAAGAAGAAGACAACGUCAUCAUCAAUGGCAUCAUCAUUAUCAUCUCUAAGCGCAGAUCUCGAUGAUCGUGGAUCAUAUCAUCACCAUCAUAAUCAACAACAGCAGCAGCCGCAACGACGUGAUAAACACCAAUUUCCUCGUGGUAUGAAUAAAUCACAAAGUCAAACUGACGAGAAGGAUGAUAAUAAUAAUAAAAAUUAUAAAAAAGAUGGCGCUGAUAAUGAUGAUGAAGAAGAGGUAAAGAUUGAUCGACGUUCCUUCAGGCAUUUACAGGUUGGUCAUAUUUUAAAACAUGUGGCUAAACGGUGUAAUUCUGAGACGGAGAUUUCUUCUUCUAUUCAUGAAAAUGUCAACACUGCCAGUACGAUGACUACCACUCAUACCGAAGACGAUUAUCAUGUAGUCGAUGAAACGUAUAGUUCUAAUGAAAAAUCAAAUCCUUCUAUUGUAGAUAUUGAUAUGUCUUUAGAGGAUGAAGAUAUGCGACAAGAUGAGCAUGAUACAACUACUGCUAUUACUCCUACUGCAACAACGCAUCAUUAUGGUCAUUUCUAUCCAAUUACACGUUGGCAGCUAGGAAGAAAUACUAGUGAUAAUUCUUUUUCAGAUCAUGAUGAUAGACUUACUGGUGAAGGUUAUAAAGAAGAUGUUGACUAUAGAGGAGGACAUUCAAUGCAUUAUUCGUCAAGUGAACAUCAUCAUAGACCUUCAUUGCUUGGAACUUAUUCAGAAUCUUCAGUGUCUAGUGGAUCAGAAGCUAAAUUGAAAUAUACAUUGUAUAAACCAAAAGAAUCUAUAUCCUCCUCCUCGUCCACGUGUAUCUCGAAGACUUGUCAUACCACAUUGUAUGCCUCAUCAAGUCCACCAUCAACACCUGUACUCCAUGAUGGUGGAGAUGAGCAUAGUUUACUAGGGUCAACAGAUGAUACAUCAUAUCGUCAUAUCUCUACAGAUUAUUCUACUUCACAAAUCUCAACACAGUAUUUUGUUAACCAGACUAAAGAACCAACAACAUUGUUAGGUUAUCCAGAUAUAGCGUUUAUGCCAUAUAUUGGUUCUGCUUCUUCUUCUAUUUGCUAUCCCCCUGUCAUGAAUAUGACACCUGGACUCCUGCCUUUACCUGUACAAAGCCAACCAUACCAGCAACAAACUCUAAACUUAUGGCCAACAGCAACAACAACAACACAGCCAUUCUAUCCUAAACCUAUGAAUAUUUUCAGUCAUCCACCAAAACCUUGGCAGUGA